CAGGUAAACCGUCUCUGCGCAUUUACGGAGGCGUCUUAUUGUGUGUUUACUUACGAUUCUACACAUACACCUACUUUUGCAUAUAUACACUAACCAUUAAUCUAUUAGUUUGCAACUGUUUUAUCUCGUCUUGAGGCAGAGGAGUGUUUUUUUCAUUUCUGGUUGUGGAUUUUGGAUUGAAUUUUGCACACGGUUUAUGAUUCAGGUUAGUCUGUGAAGUGUGAGAUGCAAAAUAAUUCAAUUAGCACAAGAGAGAAACUGGAUGUAUUUCAAAUUUCAUUGUUAUAAUGCUUAUGUCAAGGUUGCACAAGGAAUUACUGCACAAUUAGCUGGAGAUAGUUCAACUUGCCAUUAAAAGAGAGACAGACACGUUGGCAUAGGAAGGCUAUGGAGAAAAUUGAAGGCCAGAUAGAUGGUACGUUGGAAGCUUCCAGUGAUAUAAUGGAUACUGAUGUUGAAAAGGAUCUUCUUGAAGCAGAUUUAACAGUGGAAUCACUGGCAGAAAACCUUAAAGCAUCUGCAGGGCCAACAGAGAACAUCCCUGAGGAGAUCGCAGACAGCGAACACAAAAGGAAAGAAAAUUUGAAGAAGGCAAAGGCUGCAGGUGAAAUUCGAAAUGUGGACCAGGCUAAUAUUGAUAUAGGGUCAAUAGAAAGUAUUGCUGAAGGGAAUCCGAAUGGAAAAAGAAAAAGGGGGAGUAUACUCAGAUAUGAAACCAAAAUCAUGAACCAAGCUACUGGCUCGUCAAAUUUUCACUCAUCUGAGAGCAGGAUAACUGAAAAUGAAUGCCCAGCCAAAGAUUUUGAGAUUUCUGUGAGAAAAGAAUCAUCUUUAUCAGUUUCAGUGCAUGAGGUCAGUGAUGAAAAUAUCACAAAUAAUGGACAAUGUUCUGCUGAAGGUGGGAGCAUCUUCUCCACAUGCAAUGUCGAGGGCACCUCCCAUCUUUCAUCCCCUAACGUGAAUGAAGCAGAAUGUUUGUCAAAGGAUCUUGGGUAUAAUACAAGAAUAACACCGAUGCCUUCAAUUGUGCGAAAACUUAUUGUCCUUGAUGUAAAUGGUUUACUUGCAAACAUUGUGAUGCCUGCACCAAAAGAUUAUAGAGCGGAUGAACAUAUAUUAGGACGCGCAAUUUUCAAGAGACCCUUCUGUGAUGAUUUUCUGAAGUUCUGCUUCCAGAACUUUGCUGUGGCUGUGUGGUCAUCAAGAUCCAAGAGAAUUAUUGAAAGAGUUGUUGAUUAUUUGUUGGGAGAUCAGAAAGACAAGUUGCUAUUUUGUUGGGAUAUGUCUCAUAGUACUCAAACAGGGUUCAAUACUCUUGAAAACAUUUAUAAGCCCUUGGUCUUCAAGGAGCUAAGGAAAAUUUGGGAAAAUGACGAUCCUAGUUUGCCUUGGAAGCUUGGAGAUUAUAAUGAAUCAAACACAUUACUGUUAGAUGAUUCUCCUUACAAGGCCUUACUGAACCCACUGCAUACUGCAAUAUUUCCGAAUUCAUACCAUUACAAGGAUUCAAAUGAUAAUUCAUUAGGCCCUGGAGGCGAUCUUCGAGUUUAUUUAGAAGGACUUUUGCAAUCUGAAGACGUGCAGAAGUAUGUUGAGCAACAUCCAUUUGGCCAAAGUUCUAUAAAUGAAACUAACUUGUCUUGGGCCUUUUACUCGGGUGUUCUUCAAAAUAUGCCGGAAGAGUUGCAAGACACUCCCGGUUCCCAACCUACAUUGAGUUAGCAGUAAGGGUUUAAUGAAAACACUACGCUUAUUUACCUUUCUUGUUUCCUGAUAUUUCUUUAAAGGGAGGUUUCAGAACCAGACCUCAAAUAUGAUAGCAGAACUAGGCAGCUUUGAUAUAGAAAGAAUAGAUACAGAUAGAGUUUGUGUUUCUUAGGCAGAUUAUACUAUUUUUUCCCCUUCUUGUGGAGCAGCAUUGGAGAAGAUACCCCCAUUCUUUCUUUGUUGUAAUGUUAUAACAUGUAAUAUACUUGUUAGGUUCAUUCUAAUUCUUGAUUUUCUUCUGAGAGAAAA